AGACUGCGCAUGAUUCAGUGUAUAGGCAACGGCCGCGGUUGCCAGCUGUCAACACCGGCCGCAGGAUGUCACCAGCAGCGUCGUUUGCUCAACGAUGGGCGCGUGACAACCUCACCAGGGAACCCUCUCAGGAAGAGCUGGUGGUCCUGGGGCUGUUCCUCAUCAGCUGCCAGGGUAACGAGGUGGAGGCAGCCAAGAGGGCGCGGAGAUACUACACUGCGAGAGGCCCGGGGGGACUGACGGAGUUAUGGCAGAAGAGGCAUCCGGAUGAUGAAGAGAUUCUGUCUAGUUGUCAGGAUGUAUACAUAGUGCCACUCCGCACCCGAAGCCAGGGCGGCAGGAGAGUAACUCUGGUCCGGCUACCAGCUCCAGGGUCCCUGAACAGACCACUUUCAACCCAAGCCUUGCUGUCACGAUGGCUCAUGAUUUUGGAUAUCAGACUCCGUGAAGAUCCGACUCCUGGUGAAGAAGUCAUCUUCAUAGACGUGAGCGAUCUUCAACCAGGACACAUCAAGAACCACUUCAGAGGCACCUAUUGGAAGGACUUCAUUUGGUGUAUGAAGAAAGCCUACCCCCUCCGCAUAGUACAAGUCCAUAUCUUCAACACGCAGCGCUUGAAGACCCUCUCCCUCCUUCUCCUACACGUAGGCAUGUACCCUUGGAGACGCAAGGUGGUACAUCUGCAUGGAACUGCUGACAGGAUCGAAGAUGCACUGGGCUCUGACCGGUAUCCUGUGGAUGGGUUACCGUAUGAGUACGGAGGAAGGGCGGGGAUGAUGAAAGAUCUUAAUGAUGAAUGGACAAAGAAACUCCUACUCAACUCAAAAUGGCUUCAAACAGAAGAACGCAAAUUCUACGACACAGAUCUCAAGCCCGAGGCACGAGCACGCAUGCGUCAUAGAAGUGCUGUAAGAAACUUACGCGGGAGCAAUGGGUCAUAUGACAUCGUGACGCGCACACAUUCGUGCAAGGCGUUACACAUACAUGAUGACUUGGAUGAAGGCACUCAUGGUGCUUAUAGGACUUUGAAAGUGAUUGACCAUAGCUGUUCGGAUGUGUGAUUUUUGUGAUAGAUGAAAAAGUUUUAUUUACAAAAUAACAUAACACUUUACAAAUAUAUACGCACUAUGUAUACAAACUUAUACCUAUACUAUCUUUGGAAAUUAAAAUAUUAUACAAGCUGUUGAUUUGCAUCCGUGCCAUAUUCAAGGACGUAAUUAUGCUAAUGAUUCUCGACCCAAAUCAACAAAAAAAAUUGGUACG